UGAAACAAGACUCAACGCGGCACUGCGAAAGCUCGAUGUAGCAGUAUCGAGCAGUCCAUCACUACUGAGUGAUGAACAAGGAUAAAGGGGGCUGACGCGUAUUUAUGAGUUUCACCGAGAGAGGGGAAGAAGCGGCUACCAUUUACUGUAACAUGAAGGUGAUUGUGAAAGAGGAGACACAUGAGGCUGACAUAACAACCAUGAAGAAAAAGGAUGUGAGUAUUAAGAAGGAGGACUGUGAUGCGGCUGCUGUCCAUCCUAAAGAGGAAACUCUGAACAUUAAGGAUGAGGAUUAUGAACUGGCGUCAGUGGACAUUAAAGGAGAGGCUGAGGAGGCAUCCGUCAGCAUUAAGACACAGAAAUGGAAGAGUAUGAAGAAUGGUGAGCAUGAAGUGAAGUCUGACUCAUUACAGCCUGACAAAAAGAGGACUAAGGUAACUUCAUCUGUUAGAACUCUGGAAGAUCAACCAUUAUCUUCAAAUUAUUCUGGAAAAGGAGGCAAACCUCACUGCUGUUCCUACUGUGGCAAGCAGUUUUCACAAAGAGGCCACCUUAAGAGACACACGAGAAUUCACACAGGGGAGAAGCCAUAUUGCUGUUCUGAAUGUGGUAAACUGUUUUCACGAGCAGACUACUUUGAAAGCCACACAAGAAUUCACACAGGGGAGAAGCCAUUUUGUUGUUCUGAAUGUGGCAAACAAUACUUUCACAAGCAUAGCCUUCUGACCCACAAACGCAUUCAUACAGGCGAGAAGCCAUAUUGCUGUUCUGAAUGUGGCAAACUGUUUUCACGAGCCGACUAUUUUCGGAGUCACAAAAGAAUUCACACGGGAGAGAAGCCAUAUUGUUGUUCUGAAUGUGGAAAACAAUACUUUCACAAGCAUAGUCUUCAGAUCCACAAGCGCAUUCACACUGGAGAGAAGCCAUAUUGUUGUUCUGAAUGUGGCAAACUGUUUUCACGAGCAGACUACUUUGAAAGCCACACAAGAAUUCACACAGGGGAGAAGCCAUUUUGUUGCUCUGAAUGUGGCAAACAAUACUUUCACAAGCAUAGUCUUCAGAACCACCAACGCAUUCACACAGGCGAGAAGCCAUAUUGCUGUUCUGAAUGUGGCAAACUGUUUUCACGGGCAGACUAUUUUGGGAGUCACAAAAAAUUUCACACAGGCGCCAAGGCAUAUUGUCCUGAAUGUGGUAAAUAUUGUAAGGAUGCCACUUCCGAUGUAACCGCUAUGACAUUCUUCCACUUCCGUGUCCUGGCAUGGAAAGGAGAUAUCACUACCUCCCUGGCCUUCUGUUAUCAAGGCCACUUGGCCAAAUGGGUUAUUGGUGUUCACCAGGCUCACGGGACUCCGUUGACUUUCAAACGGAUGAUGGAGAAGAUCCUGAGUUCUCAUUCCACGUACGCGGGAGUGUAUCUCAAAGAUGUGGUCAUUUUGAGUAACCACUGGAGAUCUCAUAUUGACUGCCUGCCAGCGGUGCGUAACAUCUUGAGGCUGGUGGGGUUCACAGCUAACACUAAGAAGUGCAGGCUGAGUAUGCUGGAAAUACAUUAUUUGGGGUAUUCCAUGGGGAAGGGCCUGCUCAAGCCUCAGAUGGACAAGAUGGAUGUGAAAGAGGAGAUGUGUGAGGCUGACAUAAAUGUCAUGGAGGAAAAUACGAUAAACGUUAAGGUGGAGGAAUGUGAAUGGGAGAGUCUGGAAAUUAAGGAAGAGGAAUAUGAACUGGAGUCAGAGAGCAUUAAAGAAGAGGUUGAAGAGAAGUUUGUCAGCAUUGAGAUGCACAACUAUUGGAGUAUGGAGAGUGUCAAGGAAGUCGACCUUCAUUAUGCACAUCAAGAUGGAGCAGUGACUGGGUUUGUCUCUUCUCAAAGCAGAAACUCUUCAUCGCCAGAGUCUUCUAUCAGUGUAAAAUAUGAAUCAUUACAGUCUGCUACAAAUAGGACUGAAGGAAUUUCAUCUCCUAGAACUCAGGAAGGUAUCAUAUUUUACUGCUGUUCUGAAUGUGGCAAACAGUUUUCUGACCUGAGUAAACUUCAGAGCCACCAAAGAAUUCACACAGGAGAGAAGCCGUAUUGCUGCCCUGAAUGUGGAAAACAAUUCUCUUAUAGUAGUACUCUUCAGACACACAUUAAAACUCACACAGGAGAGAAGCCGUAUUGCUGUUUUGAAUGUGGCAAAAAGUUUUCACGGCGAAGCAAUCUUCAGAGUCACCAAAGAAUUCACACAGGAGAAAAGCCUUAUUGCUGUCCUGAAUGUGGAAAACAAUUCUCUUCCAGUAGUAAUCGUCAGACACACAUUAAGACGCACUCAGGAGAGAAGCCGUAUUGCUGCUCUGAAUGUGGCAAAAAGUUUUCACAGAGAACCCAUCUUCUGAGCCACCAAAGAAUUCACAUAGGGGUGAAGCCAUAUUACUGUUCUGAAUGUGGUAAACAGUUUUCAGAAAGAAGCCAACUUCAGUGCCACAGAAGAAUUCACACAGGAGAGAAGCCAUAUUGCUGUAAUGAAUGUGGUAAACAGUUCUUCUACCGUAAUACUCUUCUGAGGCAUAUUAAAACUCAUUCAGGCGAUAAGCCAUAUUACUGUUCUGAAUGUGGCAAAAAGUUUUCACAGAGAAGCCAACUUCAGUGCCACAAAAGAAUUCACACAGGAGAGAAGCCAUAUUCCUGUUCUGAAUGUGGCAAGAAGUUUUCACAGAGAAGCCAACUUCAGAGCCACAAAAGAAUUCACACAGGAGAGAAGCCGUAUUCUUGUUCUGAAUGUGGCAAGAAGUUUUCGGAGAGAAGCAAACUUCAGAGCCACAAAAGAAUUCAUACAGGAGAGAGACCGUAUUGCUGUUCUGAGUGUGGUAAACAAUUCUCACACAAUAAUACUCUUCUGAUACACAUUAAAACUCACUCGGGAGAGAAGCCAUAUUACUGUUCUGAAUGUGGCAAAACGUUUUCACGUAGAUACCAUCUUCAACGCCACAAAAGAAUCCACACAAGCGACAAGCCAUAUUGCUGUUCUGAAUGUGGCAAACAAUUCUCAGACAACAAUACUCUUCAGAUACACAUUAAAACUCAUUCAGGAGAGAAGCCAUAUUACUGUUCUGAAUGUGGCAGAAAGUUUUCACAGAGAGGCCAACUUCAGCGUCACAAAAGAAUUCACACAGGAGAGAAGCCAUAUUGCUGUUCUCAAUGUGGCAAAAACUUUCCACGUAGAGACAAUCUUGAGCGCCACAAAAGAAUUCACAUAAGAGAGAAGUGUUCGGAUUAGACAAAUACACCAAAGUAACAUUCAUUACUGUAAAAUUGAACUCAACCUUGCUGAAGAUUAUCCAAUAUGAGAACUUGACCAGGAGGAGACUUGAGAGAAGAGUGCUUUCAUGAACCGAAAAGAGCAGAGAUUGAAGAUCAGCAGUGAAUACACAAAAAGGGUAAAAAUGAUAUUUAGAAGAUAAUCAGUUAGUAAAACAUGUCAUCUCCUACAGUGUUCAGAUCAUAGACUGGCUACAUAAAGACCUCAUCAGUCUUGAUUUAAAAACAAAGUUGCUUCAUGCCAACCAACUAAUAUAUAAAAACUUAAGAAUACCAAGGCUUUACUUUUCCAAUGGCAGAAGUGGAAUUCCUCAAGUAGAAGUAAAUUACACAUAUAGAUCUUCAAUCAUAUGACUGCCAGCAUUCCUUCUCAGCUCGCGGGAUUGCCACAUUUUAAAUAUUACAAUCUGGAAACCAAAAAUUAACCUUCAUCAUAAAGCUUUGUUAAGCAAUCCAUAAAUUCGAAGGUUUGCACAGAGCGAGGUGACUGCAGCGAUGAAUGUUUGCUAAUGGCCACUUUAGAUUGUGGAUUACAAGGUUGUUUGCAAUAUGUUCUGAGAGACAUGAAAUAAACAACCAAUGUAGGUUUUGCAACAAACCAGUGGAAACAGUACAGUAUACCAGUGCUAACUUUUAGAAAAUUCACAGCCAGAAAACCUGAUGUUGUAGUCGACGAAAAACACUCAGACGAUACCUGAAUCAUUGAGGUAUCAGUCCGAAGUGAUAGUUCUGUGCCUCAAAAACAGAAAGAAAAGAUAACAAAAUAUCAGGAGAUCCGAUCAGAAAUGUGGACCUAGAUGUGGGGGAAAAAAAAAAAAACUGAAAUGAUCAUAGUGUUAUUUGGAUCCGCAGGGCUUGUUAAAAAGAACAUUUUGCAAAUCAAAGCUCCAAAAGGAGGUGAUGUUAGGAACAGAGCCCUAGCAGUGAAGCUGGAAGAAUAAAAAGUGACAGUACAUAGAGGAUGCCAUGACUUAAGAGUGAGGCUUUUAAUAAUAAUGAAGAAAUCAAGCUGAGAGAAAAGUCAUAUUGUUGUGAAUGUGGGAAACAAUUCUAUCACAAGAGUAGUCUUAAGAUCCACAAAAACAUUUUCCCAGGUGAGAAGAAAGGCAAUCUGAGAUGAGACAGAUGUGGAGUAAAACCUUUGAGGUUGUGUCGGUGCUUAAUAAACAGGCCUUAUCAGAAAAAAAAUAA